AUGACGGCAAAUAAUCAAGAAAUAAUGACUCUCGGUGAGUUAUUCAAGACAGCAGCCAUUCCCGACUUUCUUCUGAAAAGUUCCGAUGAAAAAGAUCACGAAGGGAUCGCCAUGUCGACGUUUCAGGAAAAUCUUCGCCUACACCAAGCCUCGUCCAGCACGCAACAGGGCACACAAAGAGCUCCCGGGUUCGACUACGUGCGUUGGAAGGCCCACGGAACACACCGUAUGCACCACAACCCUGAUGAAUACGUCCAGAUGUGUCAAGGUCUUGCUCCAUACAUCAGUUCAGUUGCUGCCAGUUCGUUUGAGGGUCUCGAAGAAAGGAGAUGGGCUGGAUUGACUCAGGCACCCCCACCCAUACAAGGGCUUCCUCCUAAAUCGGGAUAUUCAUCUGUAGGUGGAGGAGGUUCAAGAGGUGGCUAUUUGGAAAGUCAAAGUCGAGAUGCGCAAUGA